AUGCCCAGCUUCACGACAAAAGAGGCUCGCACGCCCGAGGAGAUCCAGCAGUCGCGCGACAUCCGCUUCGCCGUCUUCAUCGAUGAGCAGAAAUUCGCUGCCGACGUCGAGAUCGAUGACGUCGACAACACCAACUCGCACGUGUCCUUCCUCGUCCUCGACGAUACCACGAACAAGCCAGUCGGCACUGUCCGCCUCGUGCCGAAGAAGGGCAAGCUGACGCGGCUGGCGGUCCUGAAGGACUACAGGAAGUAUGGACUCGGCAAGACGCUAGUCCAGGCUUUGGAGGCGCAUGUCGCGGCCGGCGGCGAGGACGUGCAGCACCUCAUCCACGAAGUGGAUGGGAAGAAGGUGGCUACGGUCAAGAUCCACUCACAGGUGAGUCUCUUGUCUUCCUUCCUUACUCGCCUUGUCAGCGGAUCGCUCGCUCUCCUGCUCACUCCACACUGUGAAGUAGAUGAACAUCGCGAGACUGGAUGGAGCGACUCGAGAACGGCCGAGACCGUCAAGCUCGGAUACGAGGUGCAGGGCGGCGAGUUUGACGAGGACGGCGCGCCGCACGUUCUCAUGAUCAAGGACAUUGUCGUCCAGUAG